AUGAAAAAGAAAGAACAAGAGUUGAGCGGCGCCUCCUUCUUCUUGGACGAUCUCCUAGGGCUUCUCUUCUCUUCUCUCUCUCUCACACGUGAACUCUUUGUAAUUUUACUGGACUCGAUCGGAUCUCUCUCUUCUUCAGCGGCUAAAAACAUGUAUAUAUGGGCGAAGUCGCGUAGGGUUUUCUUCAUGCCGGAAAAGGAAAGUUUCCAUGCGAGCCUUCUUCUCCACGUCGUGUAUGGGCCGACAUUGUACCAAGGAAAGCUCCAAACAUUAGCCAGGCCUCUUCUCUAUUCGAUCAAGGCCUUUGGCGCUGCUGCUCGGGCCAUUAGACACUCCAAAUCCUCCAUGGGCUUCGUUUACUCGCUUACCGGACAUGUCUCGGUGUAUGCGAACUCGAUCGAGUCGGUCAACAGAAGACUUGGUCGAGCUAGACUUCAACGGGUAGAAAGAGAAGUUCAGAGGACUCAGAGGGUACAAGAGGAACCUGAGGUGCUUGUUACUGAUACAAUGGAUGUACCAGAGGGGAAUGGAAACCCUUUGGGCAAUGGACUCGGUCGAGCUAGGCAAACUCGACCGAUUGGUCUAGGAGAUGCUCCAAACCGCCACCAACAGAGACAAGGGAUUGUUCCACCACCAGUGCAGAACCACAACUUUGAGAUCAAGCUGGGAAUGAUCAACCUUAUCAAUGGUGUCUCUGAAGAUGCCAUCAAGCUGAGACUCUUUCCUAUGUCUCUAGCUGACAAAGCUCACCAAUGGGAGAAGAGCUUGCCCCAUGGCACAAUCACCACUUGGGAUGAAUGCAAGAAGGCCUUUCUUGCUAAGUUUUUCUCCACCGGUCGCACAAUGAGACAUUUGAGUUGA